CGCUGCAACUUUCCCCAAUCCGGUCCUCGUGGCCUGGGUGCGCCGUGGGGUAUUGUGUCUUACGUUGUAGAAGUCUAAUAUUUCGUAAUAGCGUGGAAAAUAACGUGCUAUGCAUAAAACGAAUAUAAACUCACUCAUUGGCAACAGUCUCGUGUGAGAGAGAGGGUGGGGUUGCUAGCUAAGUCAGUCACUCUGUGUGUCCCUGAGCUGAUGAAUCAAUGUGGAAACGCUCUCACAAUAUCUCCCAGAACUAUCGCUAUUUGUGCUAUUUUUACUGCAAUAUGAUGUACCAAACGAAGAAGGGGAAAGCUAGAUGCAUGCGAGCUCUCCGUAGAAGGUAUGAGAUUGCCACAAUGCGUAGAUUACACAUUCUGAUGAGUGAGGAUGAGGUAGCCACGAGUGGGAGGAGCUUGUUGCAUCCCGCAACCCCCCCCCCCCACACACUCUCACCCUCUGCCACCGCACAUCUUGCACCUGCUACUCCAGAUCUUGCACCAGUUAUUCCAGAUCUUGCACCUGCUACUCCAGAUCUUGCACCUGCUACUCCAGAUCAUGCACCUGCUACUCCAGAUCAUGCACCUGCUACUCCAGUGCCACCUUCAGGACCCAUAUUUCUGACCAAUUAUAUUAGGCGAUCUUCAUGGAACUUGCACACCAUAUUGAACCCCUGCCUAUCUACAAGGGUGCAAAUUUUGAAUGACAUUAGUCAACAUCAACCUCACCCAAAGGUGGCUGAACUUUGACCUUCGUUUGUGCAGG